AUGGAGACCAAAGCACCAUCAACCAAGAAAGAAUUGCAAUCAUUAUUAGGAAAGAUAAACUUCCUAAGAAGAUUCAUCUCAAACCUAAGUGGUCGAACUCAAGCCUUCUCUCCCCUCCUACGCCUGAAACAAGGGAAGUUCGAAUGGAAUGACGAACAUCAAAAGGAAUUCGACAAGAUCAAACAUUAUCUGACGAAUCCUCUUAUCUUGGCACCACCAUAUGGAAAGAAGCCUAUGAGACUGUAUAUAUCAGCUUCCGACACUACCAUAGGUAGCAUGUUGGCACAAGAGAAUGAAGAUGGCAUCGAAAGGGCCAUUUAUUAUCUUAGUAGGGUUUUAAAUGAUGCAGAAACUAGAUACACUUUAAUAGAAAAGCUGUGUCUUUGUUUGCAUUUCUCUUGUACUAAACUCAAGUAUUAUAUAAAACCUAUUGAUUUAUAUGUCUCCUCACAUUUUGAUGUUAUCAAGUAUAUGUUAUCUAAGCCAAUAAUGCACAGUCGAAUUGGCAAAUGGGCUUUAGCACUCACUGAAUACUCUUUAACCUUUAUGCCCUUAAGGGAAAUGAAGGGACAAAUAGUAUCAGACUUUAUUAUAGACCAUGUAGUGGUCGAAAAUCCUCAACUUCAAGUUGAGUUGAAACCUUGGAGAUUAUUCUUCGACGGUUCCACUCAUAAGGAUGGAAGUGGGGUUGGGAUCAUGUUAAUUUCUCCUGACAGAAUUCCAACAAAACUUAAAUAUAGAAUUGAAGGUCCCCUUUGUUCUAACAACGAAGUAGAAUAUGAAGCCCUUAUUGCAGAACUUGAGGCUUUGUUGGAAUUGGGGGCAACUAGGGUCGAAAUUGAAGGAGACUCAGAAUUAGUAAUCAAGCAACUGACGAAGGAGUACAAAUGUAUAAAAGAAAAUUUGAUUAUGUACUUCGUCAUUGCAAAUAGGUUACUCAAAAAAUUCGAAUAUAUUGACAUAAAACAUGUCCCUAGAAUAAAAAGCCAAGAAGCUAAUGACUUAGCACAAAUAGCUUCAGGGUAUAGAAUUUCAAAAGGGAAGCUAGAAGAACUUGUCGAAGUAAGAGGAAAGGCAAUGGCUUCCAGAUUGUCUCCAACAGAUUUGGAAAGCACUCAGUUAGGAUAUGCUAACAAAGAGGAGUUUUUUCGUACUGGACAUGGAUACCUUAAUAGAUACAGAUUGGAGGAAUCCAAUUAUUAA